GCUCAGGGAUAAGAGGCUGGAGCGGCCCCUGAAGGAGAGACAGGCAGGGACCUCGCAGCUCCACAGACACCCAGGAACCGCUCCUUCCCCUGGCACGGAGUCACCCCAGGUGUCCCUCGCAGGGUCCCGCUGGAAGCUGUGAAGGCCCAUCCCGGCCAGCGAUGCUGAUCCUGAGCUGUUCCUCCAAGCUGCGGCUGCUGGAGGGGAUGCUACGGCGGGACCUGCCUGACACGCUGCCGGUGACCAGGACUCGCCCGCCCCCGCAGGGCCGAACCCUCCCACCCUCGGGCUGGGUCUACGGCACUGUGAUGCAUGUGAACCGCGGGAACCCGGCUGGCCAGGAGGUGCUGGUGGAUUCAUGGCCAGAGUUCAAAAUGGUCCUCACCCGGCCACGCAGAGAAGUGGUGCGGGACCCAAGUGAUUAUUUCACCAACUUGUACACGGCCUUCUACCGGGACGAGGGAACCUGCCGGGCCCUGCUGGAGAACAGCCGCGCCGUGGACUGGGGCCAGGCCUUCCAGAUACAGGGGCUGCAGGACGGGGUAUACGAGACCAUCAGGGACAUCGCCAGGACCAGAGGGCUUGAGAUGGAGACGUAUCUGUACCGGCCGCUGCUGCACCCAGACCCGCCCGCCAUGCCCCAGUACCAGCCUGACAAGGGGCUCAGGCUGGCCCCCGUGUCCCCCGCCCACGCCACGCUGCUCAGAGACACCUGGAACUUUGGGGGGAACAGAUGGAGCCUGCGGUACCUGUGCCUCCUGAUCCGCCACUUCCCCAAUGCCUGCCUGCUGGGCCCUGAGGGGACCCCCAUCUCCUGGUCCCUCACCGACCCACUGGCUGCCCUGACGCACGGUUACACCCUCCCGGAGCAUCGCGGCCAGCACCACAUGAGGCCUGUGGUGGGGACGCUGUCGGCACAGUUGCAUGCCCGCGGCUUCCCUGUUUACACCCGGGUGCUGCCCCACAACGAGCCUUCGCUGCACUCCCUGCAACGCCUCGGCUUCCGCAUCCUGCCUGGGGUGUUCUACCAGCUGAUGGUGAGGCCUGGGUUCACCCAGUCCCAGCCAGCCAGUGCCCUGGACUCGGCCCAGGACCCUGCGCCCAGCUCUGGGGAAUGGCCACACACACAUAGCACAUAGCGUGGGGGGAGGGGAGAGGAGGAGAAGGGGACAUGGCCUAGGGCCCUGCGCACAGCUCUGGGGGACAGCCAUGGUCUGCCAGCACGUAGCCCUCAGGGAGGGGAUGAGACAGGGACACAGCCCAGCCAUGCCCAGGAACCUUCCACCCCCGAGAAGGGGACACAUUGACCAGCCACCAGGGAGCUCAGCUGUCAGCUCUUGGCAAGCCAGGGCCUGGUGGAGGAGACUAGCUCAUGCUCCAUUAUCCCCUGGAGCAGGGCAGAGUCUCAGUAGGAGGCGCUCUCCCCGGCAGCCAGUGCUGGCCCCAAAGGGAGCAGGGUGAGGGCUCAGUAGGGGGCGCUCUCCCACUCCCUUCCCCAGGCAGUUUGUUGCUCGGCUGGGGCUGUGGUUGCGGGUCCCCUUUCCAGGACCUGUGCCUGGUCUUGCCAGAACUUUGGUGCAAGCUCCUUUGGAUUCCGACCACAGGUCCCAGCUGUGGCCCACCGCUUACCUCCCCUGUGGUGAUAGGGGGCAGGUGCUGGCCUUGCACGGUUGCUCCAGGGCCAGCAGCCAGCUAGAAAGCCAGGCCAGGGCUUGUGUUGAUGAUGGUGCACUACACGUGGGAGGAGAGCAGCCAUAGGACCCCACCGUAGAGCCCUGCUGGGCCCGAACACAGGGAGGAGCAUCCGCUCUUCUCUCUUCCCCCCAGAAUGAACGUCCUCUGCCCUGGGCAGGGGACUUGGGACUGACCUGCCCCCUGCCAGCCCCAGUGCACAGGCUGCUCCUCCCCAUGUAACUGGGCCCAGGUGCAGACCCAGUGAGCCGUUGGGUUCGGGGGAGGGGACCCCACACACAGGAGACAUGGCAGGUUCUCCUCCCCCUUGCUGGUAGGUCAGUAGCCGUGUGGAGAGGGGGUGGGGCACUCCGGCUCCUUGCAGGCCCCAGGGACACCCAUCCCCUUCCUCUCAGGGGGUGGGACAAAAAGUGAAUUUUCUGUAAUAGUUUUGAUGCCUGUGUGCCUCAGUUUCCCACUGUACUAGUAAUGUCUGCCCAGUGGGUGCCAAAGAGUUAAAAAGCCUCUCCUGGGGCAGAGCAGGGCCAGGAGGGGGAGUGUCACAUGGCUGGGGGCAGGAACUGAGCGUUCAGGAUCAAAACCAGCCCAGAGCAACGGAGGCACCACAAAGAAGAGGAGUUGGCGUUCGGUGGGACUCAGGAGCUCCCGGCUAGGACUGAAAGAGAUGGAGACGGGAUCCAUGUUUGGCUCUUCAGCAACUUGGCUGGGUGGAGCCCUGGCCUGUGUCUUCACCUUCACUUCUCUCUGCUGCCCAGGGACCUCCCAGGCCGGGUUCCAGGGGCCCAAUAAACUGUGUGCUGUGUGGAAAAGGC